ACGUCUGCUCUGGUCACACUGAAAAUACCGAUGGCAGCGAAUUUACGUAAACCAAUUGUAGCGGGAAGCCUGCAGAGGUUUUUCGCAUCCGCCGCUAAGGCUGCAAAAGCCAAGCCCAAGAAGACCAGCUCUAUAGCCGCUGUCGGCGAAUCUAUUGCCUCCAGGGGUUUUCUGCGUCCUCACAAGCCUUACACACCACCCAGCGAUGCGGCGGAACGUGUACGAUCCGUGGCCGCCACUCUACAGUUGAAAGGCGACAAGCUGGAGAACCUGUCUGAGAAGUUCAAAUUCCUAUCCGCCUGCUUCCAGGAACUGCAGCACGGAGUGCCCAACUCCCAGGUGCACGAACUGCGUACUUUGUCCGAUGUUAUCGCCUUUUACGAGACGCCCGUGGACACAACAGUUCCACUGGAUGCCCUGAAACGUGUUGAGCUGCCUGAGAAUCUGCACAUCCAGUACGAGUACUUGCGCUUUAAUCCCGAGACGGACACCAAGUUUGGGGGCAAGACAGCCUUCCCCAAGAGCUCCACGCUGGUCACGGGUCUUAAGUACCGCGGCAAGUAUGAGGGAAAUGAGGCCAAGCGAUCUUGGCCCUAGAAGCACCCAUCAGUUAGUUGUUAUGGUAUUACAUUUAAUAAAUAUCGUGUAUCUAAAAGUGCUGAGAUACAGUUUGCACCAAA